GCCAUUUUGAGUUUUACCAACUGAACAUCACAAACCACGGGAGCGGGUGAGAGAGGCUCUGGCCGUGACCGGGCAAAAUUACCUUUUCUCCUUUGAAUAGCCUUUUGGGAUGCAGCUUCAGGGUGAAAUUGGGCGUUAGAUGUUCAGGUUUGUUUCACUUGUGAUAACGGCUUGGCGAAACGUGGGCAUCUUUGUAAGUUUAAACUUCUAAAUUAGUGCGAUUUCACAUUAGAGUCUGGUUUGAAUGGAUAGGUUUUUUCCUCGCUCCCCCCCAGAAGAGGGACAAUCGGAGGAACACACGGACUGGAAAUAUUGCAGGGAAAGUUGUAUUUAAAAUAAUCUCUCGGAGUCGCACCGAUUCUUAUUUUUUCACUUUUGCUAGCUUCAGCUGGGCUAUCUGUGUUUUCCCCGGCUGCGGGUUGUUGUGAGUUGCAUUUGCCCCGCACUUCUACGUGGGAAAGCCGGGGUUUCAUUCAUCGGGCCUUCGUUAAGCAGAAGCCUGAGGCCGCCAACUAUCCUUAACGUUAGCAUCCCUUCACCCAGGCGCCGAGAUUGGGCGAAUAGCGAGCAAAUACGUCCGCGUUUCUCUGCCUGCUCCCCCACCGGCCUCCCUUCCUCCAUCCCCGGCGCUGACAGCAGACAAGGCCGAGGUCGUCUUAGCGCAGGCCCAGCCGCAAAGGCUCGACCUGUUUACCCCACCUCCGCGUCCUCCGACUCCCCACCAGCCUCUGCCCGCGGAACCGCCACCAGACCAGCCCGAGGGAGACAAAGAGCCCAGGCAUCAUCCCAUCCUGACAGCCGCCAACAUGAACCACCAUCACACCCAGCAGCAGCAGCAGAAAUCCGGCGAGCAGCAGCUCAGCGAGCCCGAGGACAUGGAGAUGGAGGCUGGGGACCCAGAUGAUCCUCCAAGAAUUCCCCAGAAUCCAGUCAUCAAUGGGAACGUGGCUAUGGCGGACGGACACAACAACACAGAGGAGGACAUGGAGGAUGACACAAGCUGGCGCUCGGAAGCCACUUUCCGCUUUGUGGUGGAGCGCUUUAGCAGGCUGAGUGAGUCUGUUCUCAGCCCACCCUGUUUCGUGAGAAAUCUGCCUUGGAAGAUCAUGGUGAUGCCCCGCUUUUACCCAGACAGACCUCACCAGAAGAGCGUUGGAUUCUUCCUUCAGUGCAAUGCUGAGUCAGACUCUACGUCCUGGUCAUGUCAUGCUCAGGCCAUGCUCAAAAUAAUCAACUACAAAGACGAUGAGAAAUCCUUUAGCCGCCGCAUUAGUCACCUGUUCUUCCACAAGGAAAACGACUGGGGCUUUUCCAACUUCAUGUCAUGGGGUGAUGUGACUGAUCCAGAGCGGGGCUUUGUGGAGGAUGAUAAGGUUACUUUUGAGGUCUAUGUUCAAGCUGAUGCGCCUCACGGUGUGGCCUGGGAUUCAAAGAAACACACUGGUUACGUGGGGUUGAAGAAUCAAGGAGCCACGUGUUACAUGAACAGCUUAUUACAGACUCUCUUCUUCACAAACCAGCUUCGGCGGGCGGUUUAUAUGAUGCCUACUGAGGGAGAUGAUUCCUCUAAAAGUGUUCCCCUUGCCCUGCAGAGGGUGUUCUAUGAGCUCCAACACAGUGAUAAGCCUGUUGGGACAAAGAAGCUGACUAAGUCUUUUGGAUGGGAGACACUAGACAGUUUCAUGCAGCAUGAUGUACAGGAACUGUGCCGAGUGCUGUUGGACAAUGUGGAGAACAAGAUGAAAGGAACUUGUGUGGAGGGCACAAUCCCAAAGCUCUUCCGAGGGAAGAUGGUGUCCUACAUCCAGUGUAAGCAUGUGGACUAUCGGUCAGAAAGAAUAGAGGAUUACUACGACAUCCAACUCAGCAUUAAAGGAAAGAAAAACAUCUUUGAGUCAUUCAAGGAUUAUGUGGCAGUGGAACAGCUGGAUGGGGAUAACAAAUACGAUGCAGGGGAGCAUGGUCUACAGGAUGCAGAGAAGGGUGUAAAGUUCCUGACCUUCCCUCCUAUCCUGCACCUACAGCUCAUGAGGUUCAUGUACGACCCUCAGACUGACCAAAAUAUUAAGAUAAACGACAGGUUUGAAUUCCCAGAGCAGUUACCUUUGGAUGAGUUUCUGCAGAAGCCAGACGUGAAAGACCCGGCCAACUACAUUCUCCACGCCGUGUUGGUGCACAGCGGAGACAACCACGGGGGCCACUACGUCGUCUACCUUAAUCCUAAAGGAGACGGCAAAUGGUGUAAAUUUGAUGAUGACGUCGUUUCUCGGUGCACUAAAGAAGAGGCCAUUGAACACAAUUACGGUGGUCAUGAUGACGACUUGUCAGUGCGUCACUGCACCAACGCUUACAUGUUGGUGUACAUCAGAGAGUCCAAGCUUAGUGAGGUCCUGCAGCCGGUCACAGACAUAGAUAUUCCUCAGCAGCUGGUGGAGAGGCUGCAGGAGGAGAAGAGGGUGGAAGCUCAGAAGAGAAAAGAGAGGCAGGAGGCUCACCUUUACAUGCAAGUACAGAUGGUGACAGAAGACCAGUUCUGCGGGCAUCAGGGCAACGACAUGUAUGAUGAAGAGAAAGUAAAAUACACAGUGUUCAAAGUUCUGAAAAGCUCCACUCUGGCUGAGUUUGUUCAGAACCUCUCACAGACCAUGGGUUUCCCACAGGACCAGAUGAGACUGUGGCCAAUGCAGGCCAGAAGCAACGGCACUAAACGGCCAGCUAUGUUGGAUUAUGAAGCAGAUUGCAACAAGUCUAUGAUCGACUUGAGCGAUAACGAGAACCCAUGGACAAUAUUUCUGGAAACUGUAGAUCCAGAAAUGGCCGCCAGCGGUGCAACGUUACCCAAGUUUGACAAAGACCAUGACGUUAUGUUGUUCUUGAAGAUGUAUGAUCCAAAAACCAGAAGCUUAAAUUAUUGUGGACAUAUCUACACACCUAUAUCCUGUAAAAUACGAGGCUUGCUGCCCGUUAUGUGUGAAAGAGCAGGGUUUCAGCAGGGAACUAACCUUAUCCUCUAUGAGGAAGUUAAACCGAAUUUAACAGAGCGAAUACAAGACUAUGAUGUCUCCCUGGACAAGGCUCUGGAUGAGCUGAUGGAUGGAGACAUAAUUGUGUUCCAGAAGGACGAUCCUGAAAAUGAAACCAGUGAGCUGCCUACUGCAAAAGACUACUUCAGAGACCUGUACCACCGUGUGGAUGUCAUCUUCUGUGACAAGACCAUUCACAAUGACCCAGGCUUUGUUGUGACACUGUCAAACCGAAUGAACUACUUCCAGGUGGCAAAGACUGUUGCGCAGAGGUUAAAUACUGAUCCCAUGCUCCUGCAGUUCUUCAAGUCACAGGGGUACAGAGACGGCCCUGGCAACCCACUCAGGCACAACUAUGAAGGCACUCUCAGAGACCUGCUGCAGUUUUUCAAGCCCCGGCAGCCUAAGAAGCUCUACUACCAGCAGCUCAAGAUGAAGAUCACAGACUUUGAGAACAGGAGGAGUUUCAAAGCCAUUUGGCUCAACAGUAUGUUUCGAGAGGAGGAGAUCACACUAUACCCUGACAAGCAUGGCUGUGUUCGGGACCUUCUGGAGGAAUGUAAAAAGGCAGUGGAGCUCUCUGACAAAGGCUCAGAGAAGCUGAGGCUGUUAGAAAUUGUCAGCUACCAAAUUAUUGGGGUUCACCGGGAAGAUGAAUUGCUAGAAUGUUUAUCUCCAGCAGCCAGUCGAACAUUCAGAAUAGAGGAAAUCCCUCCCGACCAGGUGGACCUGGACAAGGAGAAUGAAAUGCUGAUUCCAGUUGCACAUUUCCACAAGGAAGUCUUCGGGACAUUCGGAAUUCCCUUUUUGCUCAAGAUCCGUCAGGGGGAACCCUUCAGAGAAGUGAUGAAGAGAAUUCAGAGCAUGCUUGACAUUCAGGAGAAGGAGUUUGAGAAGUUCAAGUUUGCAAUAGUGAUGAUGGGCCGGCAUCAGUAUAUCAAUGAGGAAGACUACGAGGUGAAUCUGAAAGACUUUGAGCCACAGCCAGGGAACAUGUCGCACCCGAGGCCUUGGUUAGGGCUCGACCAUUUCAACAAAGCUCCAAAGAGAGGUCGCUACACGUAUCUGGAAAAAGCGAUCAAGAUUCACAACUGACAAGCCCCCGCUCUAACCGACCAUACUAAAGACUUUAACCAAACCUGUUGUGUGCACCACUUUUAACACCUGCUGUCUGGGUACACAGGCACCAUGUAUGAAGUCUUCAGCGAAUGGAGUGACUGCUGAUGCUCCUGUUUUCCUUUUUGAGGCUGUUCGAUUUGGCUUCUCUAACUAUUUACUGCCUAUUUGUCUGGAAGAAUGAAUUGGAUUUUAACAAGAAAGGGGAACAGUAUGUCCUAGACUUUUGUUUUGAUUUAGAUAUUUUUUUUGUUGUUGUUGUUUUUUUUUUUUUUUUUUUUUUUUUUUUUUUUUUCUUUUUAAGUUUGUUUUAAAAAAAAAAAAAAAAAUUUGUUACGGCAAGAAAGCUGCUGCAUUGUGAGGUGGAGGCGAUGGAAAGAAGAGUUUUGUCAUUUGCAGAAGAUUGAAAGGAUUCCUCCAUCCUUCAACAAAAAAGUUCACCGCAAAUGGCUGAGGCUUUUGCUAGUUGCCCUGACAUGGUUGUCUAUUUUCUGGUCCCUUAGUGCAACUAGUCAAUUUUCAUGUUUACACCAUUCUUCUUUCUCACUUAGUUUAGUUGGAGAAAUUCAGUUUGUCUUCUCUGGAAAUCCUGUAUAAUAAAGUAAAGAGCCACAGCAUCCGUUUUAAAAUAAAUAAAAAUGAAAUAAAUUGUCUGUUCUUCAUCUUGCACGUUGGCACUUAAUAUCCAAGGUUUUACAUUUCUCAGCGCUGUUAAAUGUAAUCUUUGGUUGGAGUUUGAUUUGCAUAUCCCUUUGGUUUUUUAUCCCUUUUUUUUCUCUCCCCAUAAAGUUUUGUUUUCCCUGUUUGUUAGCUCCUGUCACUGGCUGUGGGAUUAUUCUGAUGUUAAGGGAGGGGUCGCUUUGCUGAUGGCUCCAGAUUCAUUGUACUGUUUGUUGGCACGAGGCUACAGACGUAUAGAAGACUGGUUUGGGACUUAGAGAAACCAGCAUUAAUGAACCAAUACCAUUGUUUGUUUUUUUCUUUAAGCACAGAAGGAAUGCUCCCUAGUGCAUAGUUGGCUUUGUAAAAACAAUUAAAAUUGUAUAUUUAAAGAAUGAACAUGUAAAAUUAAAAACACCGAUUUGUUGGGUACAGAUCAAUUCAGAUGUUCAUAUUCAUUGUGUAGUUUUAUUUUGGAUCCUGGCAGUUUCAUUUGGUCAUUAUUUUUUUCCCUUAACUAAUUGCAACAGUUUGUCUCGUUUAAGUGCAGUACAAAGAAGACCUGCAGAUCACAACUAUCUUUUUUGAUUUCUUUUUCUCUUCAGUCUAAUUCUUCUGUGUAGCAGCAGUGUACGACAACUCUUCCUGUAUAUUGCCUUUUUGCUGGAAAAUGUAUGUUGAAUAAAAUUUUCUAUAAAAGCUACCACCAUGGCAUUGUAUAUUUAAAGAAUGAACAUGUAAAAUUAAAAACACCGAUUUGUUGGGUACAGAUCAAUUCAGAUGUUCAUAUUCAUUGUGUAGUUUUAUUUUGGAUCCUGGCAGUUUCAUUUGGUCAUUAUUUUUUUCCCUUAACUAAUUGCAACAGUUUGUCUCGUUUAAGUGCAGUACAAAGAAGACCUGCAGAUCACAACUAUCUUUUUUGAUUUCUUUUUCUCUUCAGUCUAAUUCUUCUGUGUAGCAGCAGUGUACGACAACUCUUCCUGUAUAUUGCCUUUUUGCUGGAAAAUGUAUGUUGAAUAAAAUUUUCUAUAAAAGCUACCACCAUGGCCCUUGAAGAAUUGUGACUAGACACUGUUCAGAUUGUAAUGCUGUGCUUGUCAUGUAAUAUGAAGAUUUCAGUGUGUAUAAACAACAUGCAGAGUUCUCAUUACGAUAUUGCACAGACACGUUUCAGUUUUAUUGUUAUGACAGUUCCAUUUAGAUGCACAUAUGACAUAUUUGACAUUCUAAAAAUUCAGACUACUUACAGAAGUAAAAAAGAAUGCUAGUCAGCUUUGGCAGUAUGGUAAUUCAAAAAAUGAGUUUUGAAAGUAUGAUUUCCAUUAUUUUAAUUAAGAGAUCUUGUUGGUUCUAAAUUAAGUGUUCUCAACCUUUUUGACUCCAAAGCCUCCCAGUGCCCACAGCAAUAUUCAAUGACCCCAUGACUUUUUCCCAGUUUUUUUGUAGUAUAUACUAGAUGAGGAUUUUAAAAAAAAAUUUUUUUUUUUUUUUUUUUUAGAUGCAGGGUUGUACCC